CUAACAACCUUAGCCUUCAAGACUAAGCAAGAUUUACUACUGAUCGAUGUAUCCAUGGAUUUUUAAAUAGAAUUGAUAAGUUUACGUCAAGUCAAUCAAUAUACAGCAAAACAGAUUUACGAUAGGAAUGUCAAGGUGGUCGGUCACUUAAACAAUUUCAAUAUUAACAGGGUCACUGAUGGACUAAUAGGUAUAUACAAACCAAAGAAAACUACAAGAAAAAUUCUAAUACAGUCUAAGGAACAGCAACGUAAAACAAACCGAAAGGAAGAUGGGAAAGAGAAGAAUGGUAGAGAAGGAGAGAGAAAGAGAAAGAGAUAGAUUGAAUUAUAAUUUUCAAAGGAUAUUUGUUUAUUACUGUUUCUUGUGAAUCUAUUAACGAGUCAGAUAGGGACGCAAUUAAUUAUUAUUAGCAAUUAAUGACGGUAACACAAAAAAAUGUGGGUCUAGUACGCCAACCAAAAUAUUACAAAUAGGUCUAAUUGCUUCCUCCAAGUUUUCUCUUUUUUUUCUUUAUUGGAUUGUAGAUGCAAGAAAACAUAUCUAUAGCUUUCAAAAAAGGUAUUGCUAUCAUAACCACACAAGGUAAACGUUUCGCCGUUAUCUCGUCCUUUGCCUAUUCUAGUUUCUAUUUUUAGACGAUUGUUUGCGGAAUUCUAAUGAUUAAUGUAAGAUUAAUAUCUUUUCACUAAAUGUUACUUAGAUUAUGUAAUUUGAUAAUCAGGAAGACAAAGGUUGAUUAGGUGUUGAGAAAGUGUAAGAGGUAAUAAGUGAUGGAGAAGGUGGAGGUGAAGGCGGAGGUGUUGUCUGAAGAAGGAAGAGAGAGGGAUAUAAUUAACAAUAACGCUAAGAAUUUAUUGUUUUAAAGAGUAUUUCCUGUCAUGCUAAAUUUUCAGAUGUGAAAACUUAGAUCUCCGGUAAUUAAAUGGAAGUGCGAGUAAAACAGACAGAAAGACUGUAAAGAGGGUCAAUGAACGAAUAAGAGACGAAGAUUGCGCGUAUAUAUAUAUAUAUAUAUGUAAGUAUGUGUGUAUGUAUAGUAUGUAUAGUAUGUAUGUAUGUAUGUAUAAGUGUGAAGAGAAGGAAAAAAAGAAAAAGAGACAUAGAGAUAGAGAAAGAGUGGAUGCGAGAGAGAGAGAGAGAGAGAGAGUAGGGAGAGAAAAGAAAACUUGGGAGAGAGAUGCUAUUGGUUGCUGGCUAUUGGAAAAAGAAUUGAUCGCUGAGUGGCGCCAAAAGCGAUAUAUUUUGCAAAGAGCGGUAAAACGUCGUUAACCGUCCGCCAAUCAACAACUUAACCAUGGACGAUUUCGAAGCUUUUAAAUUGAGAGCAUCCGGUAAUUUUAGUUCUGCAGAAAAAUUAAAUUGUCCUGUUGAAGUGACUGUAUCAGAAAGUGAGGAUUUCCCCAGAUCGAGAAGGAAUAGCUUUUUUGGACCUAAUGAGAACUUACUAACCGUACCUAACCAGUCAAUUUAUAAACGGCAAAGAUCCAGAUCUGCAGAUAUGGGAAGGGAUAGAUCGACACUAGGAGAUAUCAGGGAGAAUGAAGAGGACUCGGAAAAAUAUGUCAGAGUUCGGAGUUUCUCUUGCACGGAAGGAGGUCUUUUGAAUCACGGUGAUAUUCUUCGUUUGAGAGAAGUGAGCAGAGACGCUAUCGAAGCAGAAAUAAAGGAACACAACAUCCUUAUAGUAGGUGCCUCCGGAGUGGGAAAGACGUCACUAGCUCAACAAUUUGCAACUUCGGAUUAUCUCUGCGCACAAGCCGACGAGCACGAAGAAGAAAUUGAUCUCAUGGUUCAGUUAGAUGACAACGAACAUAUUGUCCACCUCUUCGAAAGAACGUUUGAAAACGCCGAAGAUAUAGCAAUGGAUGCUUAUCUUAUCCUUUUUUCUAUUGCCGACAAAAGUUCAUUUAAGAAAGCUGAAGAAUUUUGCCCGAAAGCUUCUCAUAAGACAUCAGUUCUGGUUGGAACAAAGACCGAUUUAGCGAGAUCAAGAGUUGUGAAAGAAGAAAAGGGGAAAAAGUUGGCGUCAAAGAAUAAGAUAAAAUAUUUCGAAACAUCGACAGUCCUACAUCACAACGUUGAUGAACUUUUGACUGGAGUGAUAAAGCAAAUUUUAAAGAACCACGAAAAGAGGUCACGUAUAAAAAUGCCAAAAGUGGCCAAGGGAAUCUUUCAAAGUAUGAGGCGAAGAACAAGCCAAUAUAGCGAAGAUUUGUUUCGACGCUAGCUAAAUCUUUUAAAUGAAUCAAACAAACAGAAACUUAAAAACAAAUUGGACGAUUUUCUUUUCUCUUUAUUUUUAUCUUUUGCUGAAUUUUUUUCAAAACUUGAACAAAAAUAUUUUUUCGAUAUUAGUGAAAGCUUUCUUUAUCUUCUCUUUACUUUUAUCAUAUUCCUCUUCAUCUUUCUUUCUCAUGUUUCUUUCUUUUACUUUUCUAUACAGUAUUCUUUUUAAUAGAUAAUCACCUCCAAUCAAUCCUCCUCGUUUGUAUAAAACAAACAAAUUUCCAAGCAACGCUCAAUAGUCUUUUAUUUAGUAUUCAUUUCAACUUUAUUUUGGAAACUUAUUUGUUAGAAUACUGUACUUAGCAACCAUUUUUAAAUGGGAGGGAAUAAGAGAGGCGGGGGUGAAAAUGGAGGAAAGAGUCACAGAGAGAGAGAGAGAGAGACAGGUCAUUUGCAAGGAUUCUUACUUGCAGAUGGCGCUUUAGGAGAACGAUACUAAUCGGUUUAACUAUUUCUCAUUUACUUUCUUUUAUAGUUCCCAGUCAGUAAAUGCGAUCUUGAGUAAUUAUCAACUCUCUUCUUUUGCUUACUUUCAAUAAAAGAUUACCUUUUCGUUGGGCUGAUUAAUAAAUUCACCUUAUCAAUUGGCCUAUUUUCUUAUAGAAAAGGAGUAAAUAAAAGGUAAAAAUAAUGUUUUCUUAUGGGAGAGAGAGAGAGAAAGAGAGAGAGAAAUGCAAUAAGGAAAAAGCAAAGAAUUUAUAACUAAAUGUGGAAUGAAAAAUGAACAGAGCACGAAACAGGAAAAAAACAAAAAAUUAUUAUUGAUAUCCCAUAUAAUCAAACGCCUUAAAGUAGUCUUAAUAGUUAAUUAAAGUAUAUUAUAGAGUAAGCGAAAGGGAAAAUGUGGCAGAGAAACGAAUGAUGCGAAAUGCUUUGCUCAAUGUGUGAAUAAUCAAAAAUAGUUGCUCCUUAAGAAAAGAGAAGAAGAGUGAAAUAUAGAAUAUUUUACAAGUCAAUCAAUUUGUAUGUUAUUAUGAAUAUGGUGAAGUUUUUGAGGAGGAAGGACGAGAUAGGUGAGGAAAACAAUACAAAAAAAGGUAGAACAAGCGAAAGAAAAAGACGAAAUGACGGAAAAGAGAAUGAAAGGUGGAUUGAAAGCUAUUUUCUUAUUAAUUGCCUUUGACUAUUUUUUAUGUAAAGAGAAAAAGAGAGUGAGAAGGGAGAAUGUCAUUUCGACACGAAUGUCUCUUUAUACCCUCAACUGUUUUCAUUUGCUCUAUAAGAAUGCAAUUUCCUUAGUUUCCUUACACAGGCCUAAGGAGAUAAGAAGCAACUUAUACACAAUCGCAACAUUUAAGUAAUGGGCUACCGGAAAAAUAAAGCUCUAUUGAAGGACAAAAGGGUCGUUGAACGAAUGAGAGGAAUUUAACAGACAAAUAAAAUAAAUAAAUAAAUCAUAUAUUGAUUGCUAAUUUAAGUUUAGCAUGAAUCUUUUCCUUAAAAGGUUAACCCUAACCCUAACUUUCUAAGAAAGACCUUAUAGGCAGUACAAGCUACCUAACAGUUUAAAAAUGAUUAUUCACUCUUCUUUGUUCAUACGAAGCGGCUCUAAUCGCAAGCUUUGAUAUUUAAGAUCAAGAAAUAAGGGUUGGGUGUUGUCGUUUUAAAAAAUGCUGAAUAUGAUAGAGAAAGGGGAACCUUCUUGUUCAUUUAACAGACACAUUUUAAUCUGUAAAGAUGCUAUCAACGAAUAAUUUUUUUAUUACAUUACAACCAUAACCUUCACUAUCACCAUCCUCCGUUAAAUAUCAUCAAUGCUCUCCUCUUUUCCCCUCUUGUAUCCUUUGUAGUGUCCUUUUCUUGAUUAAUUCACUUAGACAAACCCCCGUUUACCUCUUACUGAAAAUAGUACGUACAAUGCAGUGCGUUAUCAUUUAUUUUGCUAGUUUAUCAGAUAGGUGGCGCUUUCAGUUGAGGCUCGUUUUUAAUUUUAUCUCAUUUUCUUGUCUUUCUCAUUCAAUAAUUCAUUUAUUCGUCAUUCUUUAUUAGCGUAUACUUUAUUCUUAUAAGACAAAAUCCCUAAAGAGGAAAAAAGGAAAGCAAAUGAGGAGGACGAAAGAAAAUUGAUGAAGAAAAAAGUUGCCAUUUUAAUUAAAUUUAACAAGUACAAAGACAACGGAAAUGAAGAAAAAGUGUAGUAUAGUGGAAAAUUGAAAGCGAGUUUAUGGGUAAAGAGAUAAUCCUUAAGAAGGGACGGAGAAAGGAAAGUGAAAAUAGAAGAAAGGAGCUAAAAUUUCAUUCAGUAUUCCAUCAUUUUCUUAAUAGGCAAAGAUUUUUGAAUAUUUGAAGAAUCAAUAAAUUUAAAAGAAGAUGCUACGUUUCGCUAUCCAAGCAGAAAGAGGCUCAAGUUGAAAUUUUUAUCAAUAAUCGUUUCAUCAACAAAAGUUACAUAGGAUCCAUUUAAAAAACACUAUAUAUUUUAUUAGGGAUAUAAUAUUUUCCUUAGGGACAUUCAUCAUUGACUAAUUGGUUAUUGGGAGUAUCUUUUCGGUUACUUUAAGCUAACCUUUCAGAAUGAUAGUUUUGUAUUUUACAAAAGCAAAACUAAAUAAAUAAACUCUUUAUUCUCAAAUGAAUAGUUUAACACGAAAUUUUCCAAUGGAACGAUUCGUCAACGAUGAAUAUAAAUCUCUUAUUUUUACUUUUACUACUGCAAAACAAUACAAAUAUCAUUAUGCACUUACAAUUGUUUUUUCCUUCCUAUAUCUCUUUACCUUCUCUAUCUAGUUUACAAUAUUUGUAUCUGUAUUUCCUUGUUAUUAUUCAGAUAUGUCUCUCCUAUUACUGUGAUCAUUGGUAAACUAUGUAAUCUUUCUUAGAGUAUCAUUCCAACGGCUAUAAAUGAUUUACUCACCUCCUCUUUGCUUUUCUCUAUUAUCAUUAAAUAUAGAGAAGGGGAAAGUAAGUUUUUAUAGAGAGAGAGGAGGGAAGGGGACGAGAGGAAGGGUUACGGAGUGGCAGAG